ACUGUGAGACCUUCAAUGCAAGCGCGGUAAUGGCGAGUACGAGCGCACACAUUUUGUAUUUACAAUCCUACCCUCCAAGACAGAUUGUCGAAUCAGCAUCUAGAAAAACUUGCUGAUUUGGGUCCACCUAUUAUGGGUUACAUGGGGGCUCGUGCCCUACGCAACCAUGUCACAUUAGUGAUUGGCAUCGUGGAGAAGUUGGGGAAGUUGGGGCCGCUGUCGUUCCGCUAGCUUAGCUAGAGAGCUAAGGAGGAGCUAACGCCGGCAAGCUCAUUACCCAUGUGGGUAAGAGAUGGACGAAGAUCCAAACGAGGAAUAACGCCCGAGGCUCACCCCCCAGCUCUCCAGCUCCCAACUGCUCAUGGAUACCAAAUUCCAUGUGACAUGAGUGAGAUGCAUGCGAUGGAGUCGGUAGGAAUGAUUGCUCAUAUUCUCGAUCCUCCCAUCUUGGGCUCGCCUAUCACGUCUUCUACUCCGUGGUCGAGCUGAACCGGAGCUUCAUCUUCAAGUCAAAGGACGAACGACACCUUGGAAGCCUUCCUAACAACUAAUCCACAGCCGUCGCCAUGCUGUUCUCUAAACUCUUCAUAGCGGCCUUGGCGCCGGUCAGCUUCGUCGCUGCAGAAUCGGUGCCAGACUUGGAUCUUGAUGCCAUUCUUGCAAAGCAUAACCUAGCAUUGGUUCCUCGAUCUGACCUCACAGAUGCAUUAACUGAGCUUAACGGACUGCUCAGGAGAAAUCAAGUCCAACAACAGAAAGUCCCCAUAUACCCACGAGCUGGCAACAGCACUGGCUCGAGUUCUUCCAGUUCUUCGUCGGGCAGCGGGCUUGACCUUGGAGAUCUUUCAGGACUAGGAGACCUAGGCCAAGCGAUCGAAGGCUUGACUUCGCUCCUCUCAGGCCUGGGCGAUAUUGGAAGCCUUCUCAAGGCCAUCGAAUCCCUUCUAACCUCGGAGUUCUUGCAAGCUCUCCACGAUGCUAUGGUAUAUCUGGCAGCGACUCUCCAGCCGCCUAUUCCCACUAUCGCCAGGAAUGUUCUUACCAAGGUUGAGCCGGUGGUCGACUUGAUCUCAACACUAGACCUAAAGGGCAUCAUCGAUGAGAUUGAGGGUAUCGACAUCAAAGGCAUACUUAGCGCGUUAUCGCCACUGCUGCAACCUGAUGCCAUCAAGGGCGUCGUAACCCUGCUGACCAAUGCCGAAAGUCUUUUGACCAAGGACACCGUUGACUCGCUCAAGACAUUGCUUUCCAGUGUACAGCCACUCAUCGACAGCCUUGGAAAGAUUGACCUCCAAGGUAUUCUUGAUGCCAUAGCCCCACUUCUUACCGCAGACUCCAUAAAAGGCAUUGUUGGUCUGCUAGGAAACGCAGAGAACCUGCUUACAUCAGAUUUCGUUGACGAUACCAAGUCCUUGAUCUCUGGAGCCGGACCGCUCCUCGAUAGUCUCAAGAAUAUUGAUUUACAAAGUCUAAUCAACCAGAUCACGCCAAUUCUGAACGAACUCGGCCAACUUGACCUCAAGGGCUUGUUCGAAGCCAUUAGCCCCUUGUUGACGUCGGAUUCUAUCAAGGGCAUUAUAGGACUUCUAGGAAACGCCGAGGAUCUUCUGACGAAAGACUUUGUGGAUCAAACCAAGUCUCUCAUCUCAUCAGCCGGUCCUCUGCUCUCGAGUUUGGGUGAUAUUGACUUACAAGGCUUAGUUAAGCAAAUAUCACCCUUGCUCGACACUCUCAGCAAGAUUGAUAUACAAGGCAUUCUCUCAGCUGUCGAGCCAUUGCUGACAGCCGACUCAGUAAAAGGCAUCGUUGGACUCUUGGGCAACGCUGAGGAUUUGUUGACAGGUCAAUUCGUCAACCAGACACAGACGCUGAUAUCCGGUGCCGUGCCCUUGAUCGCAGCCGUCGGCAAAAUCGACCUGGAAGGCCUUAUAAACCAGGUGGAACCACUACUGGAUGCUUUAAGCAAGGUUGACAUAGCUGGGCUCAUCGAAAAGGUAGAGCCUAUCCUGGACGCUGUAGGCCAAAUCGAUAUCGCUGGUUUAGUGAAACAAAUUACACCAAUCCUCAAUGCCCUCGGACAGGUUGAUAUAAGUGGUCUUGUGAAGCAGAUUGAGCCAAUCCUGACUACCCUCAGCCAAGUUGACAUCGCAGGCUUGAUUAAACAAAUCACCCCGAUCCUCAAUGAGUUAGGUCAGAUUGAUCUGGCAAGCCUAAUCAAGAAAGUAGAGCCUAUCCUCGACGCCCUGGGUGAUAUCGAUAUUGAUGGGCUAAUCAAGCAAAUCACUCCUAUCUUGAAUUCCCUAGGCGAUAUCGACAUUAAGGGUAUCUUUGAUGCAAUCGCCCCACUACUCACACCAAACUCCGUCCACGGCAUUCUUGGGCUCGUUGACAACGCUGAGUCUCUACUAACAAGCCAGUUUGUCAACGAGACUCAUACCAUCAUCGACGGCGCAGCACCAUUAGUUGGUGCUCUCGGACAGAUCGAUAUCAAGGGCCUCAUCAAUCAGAUCAAACCACUGCUCAGUACACUCAGCGGAAUUGACUUCACUGGCCUCAUCAGCGCUGUCAGGCCUUUGCUCAGUGCGCUGGACAAGAUAGACAUCCAGGGUAUUGUCGACCAAGUCACACCUCUGAUUACGCCGACAUCCGUGAAAGGAAUAUUGACUUUAUUGGGUAACGCGGAGAGCUUGUUGUCGGCUGCUUUCGUCUCGCAGACGACCGAAUUAAUAGGCGACGCUACGCCGAUCGUAGCGACUGCUUCAGACUUCAUAAACGCCAUACUGCAGGCGUUAAUGGGAAAUGGAACAUCAUGACGGGGCAUCUUGGUAAUGACGGGAAGAGACUUGGGCAACCUAUCAUGAAUAAAUGAUGCAGUAUAUUAAUGAAUAAUAAUGAAUGUUAAUGAGUUUAACCA